UCUUCCCCCGGAGCAGCGGGGAUCGUGUCUCUCCCCAGGGCUGCUGAGGGCAGCACACCAAAGCUGCGCUUUAAAACGUCAGAUGGAGCUAUACGGACACCGCACUUUUGACACUUUUCAGAAAUGUUUGCGGUUUAUCUGUGCGAAAAUAUAUUUUUGAAGCUGAAUGUCAUAAAUUAGAGUCGCUCAAGUUUCCCCGGACAACUGAAAUCAUUUAUGAUUGUACUUAAACGCUCUCCUUUCAGAUGAGAUGUGAAGACUACCGAAGCUGUCCGAUUCCCUCUGAAUGUAACAGUCUACUAUUUCGCUUGUUUGUACUGGACGUGCAUAAAUGAAGGACACCGAUGCUGGGAUUCCCUGUUUGCUUUUGUGCUCAGCAUAAUUCAAAAAGAAAGAAGACAACAAUUCACCAAAUAAAGAAAAAGCAUGGAUGAACGUGCUGCAGAGAAAGCUCCAUGACAAAUCCUUCCUCGCUGUAUGGACGCUGCUUCUGAAAGGCUUUCUAAAAGUGAAGAGGGAAAGCUUUCACACACCCAGUACCUGAAAAAAGGGCUUUUCUGAUCGGCUUCUAUACAACGACUAAAAGCUACGAGAUGAUUAAAAAUCAACCAAAGGAUUCCUGGAUGUUUGUCCUCCUCUGCAUCAUGUAACUGUAAUGUUCUGGCUUUCUAAUAUCAUCGAAGACACUAGCCAAGUUUCAGCACAAAUCUCAAUUUAGAAGGCUUCACGUGGACAGGGUACAGAUAAGAAGAGAGACAACAAGCAAGCCUUGUGUAUCUUUCGUCAUCAUCUUCCUACAUGCAGCUCCCAGCAUAGCGUUAUUGAAAAGGAGGAGUCCAUUAAAGCAUUUGAUAGAUAGGAAGGUUUGGUCUGAAGGUGUUGUUGCCGGCUGGCUGCUAGCUGGAGAUGAGAUAAGAGCGUUGAGAAGAGAGAAAAGGAGUGCCAGCCUGACAGGAGCUGAAUACAAAUUAGGAUUCCUCUCUCCAGCAGCUACACCAGUGAGGCGAAUCAAUAUGAGAGAGACUAAAUGGACAUAUUAGACAUAAAUACAAAUAUUAGCUGGCUUAAACUACAGAAGCAUUAGUUGUGGAUGGAACUAGAUGAUUGUUAUAUGGUUGAUAUAAAAUAGCAAUAGGGAUAUUGCAAUGUGAAAUAAGAUGCAUAAAAGACAAGACAUUUUUCUUCAGCCCAAACCAAAAAUGCCAUGCCACUGUACAGCCUUUUUAAGCGCCAUGCCUGAACUGAUGUAAUGAGGCUGGUUUAAACCUUGGAAAAAAAAUAGGGUUUAAAAGAAGCGGAGGCGAGAUGGAGCUGGAUAACAGCUCACUGGACUACUUUACCAGCAACUCCACAGAAAACCCUGACACCAUUACAGCUCCACCCUGGAGUGAGGCAACAAUUCUCGGUUUCCAGAUCUCCCUCUCUGCCGUGUUAGCCCUCGUCACCUUGGCUACCGUGCUUUCAAACGCCUUCGUCAUCGCCACCAUCUAUCUGACCAGGAAGCUCCACACACCUGCCAACUUCCUGAUCGGCUCCCUGGCCGUCACAGACCUGCUGGUGUCUAUUUUAGUAAUGCCGAUCAGCAUCGUCUACACUGUCAGCAAGACGUGGUCGCUGGGGCAGAUUGUUUGUGACAUCUGGCUGUCGUCUGACAUCACCUUCUGCACGGCCUCCAUCUUGCACCUGUGUGUGAUUGCAUUGGACCGCUACUGGGCCAUCACAGACGCACUGGAGUACACAAAACGCCGCACUAUGCGCCGGGCAGCGGUCAUGGUCGGGGUAGUGUGGGUGAUCUCCAUAUCUAUUUCCAUGCCUCCACUUUUCUGGCGGCAGUCCAAAGCCCACGAGGAGCUCACAGAGUGCUUGGUGAAUACAGAUCAGAUCUCCUACACCCUAUACUCCACCUUCGGCGCCUUCUACGUCCCCACGGUGCUUCUCAUCAUCCUCUACGGACGGAUCUAUGUAGCCGCCCGCUCCCGCAUCUUUAAAACGCCGUCGUCUUCUGGGAAGCGUUUCACCACAGCACAGCUCAUCCAGACCUCUGCAGGCUCCUCUCUCUGUUCUCUAAAUUCUGCCUCCAACCAGGAAGCCCACCUACACUCUGGCAAUGUGGGAGGAGGGGGAGGAUCACCUCUGUUCAUGAAUAGCGUGAAAGUGAAGCUGGCAGACAGCGUGCUGGAGAGGAAACGCCUGUGUGCGGCUCGGGAGAGGAAAGCGACCAAGACACUGGGCAUCAUCCUGGGCGCUUUCAUUGUUUGUUGGCUCCCGUUCUUUGUGGGCACACUCGUCACGGCCAUAUGUAAAGAGUGCUGGUUUGAUCCAGUGCUCUUUGAUGUAUUUACCUGGCUGGGAUACCUAAACUCCCUCAUCAAUCCUGUUAUCUACACCGUAUUCAACGAUGAAUUCAAACAAGCUUUCCAGAAACUCAUGAAAUGCAGACGCUUCCACUGAAAGAAACUGAUUCAAACUUUUAAAGAACAGUGAGUGUAAAAGAGAAAAAGCAAACAACAUAAUAAUUAUAAUGGAAGUACUGUGUACACGUAAAUGUCCCAUCUUGUUUUUUUUUUUUAUAUCAAACAGCGCUGUGCCAUAGCUCUUUAGAUACCUAAAGCAUAUCAUCCAUACAGGCUUAAUCAUGCAUGCUAAAAAAAGGAAAUCUUGAUCCCGAAGAAUGUUGGAACGCUUCUUCAAAGACAAAGAAAGAGGAUUUCAAGGCCAUUUAAAUGUCAAUGGGACACUUGUGUUAUUUUCUUUGACAAAGGCAGAGAUCAAAAACAAGGAUUGGUGUGGGAUGAGGGAACUCAGAAGGACUGGAUUUAAUCCAGCGGAAAUGAAAAGCCAUGAAAUAUAUGUUGUCUUAAUCUCUGUGUGCUGCUGCUCCCAUAAAAUGUCUCUGUGGUACAGUAAAGCACUUAGAAAAGACUGCAAAAAUCCAGAGAUUCAGUAUAUGUUGCCAUGUUCAGUAUGCAAUUAUAUUUGUGUGUGGGUACAGGUAGUUACUUUACUGUAAUAUAUGCGUGUUUGAAGAAGGAGACUUGUCAAGUGUCUGCCAUUUAUGCUUUUCCCAGUGAGGCUUGUCUCGUUGUUACAGAGACAGAAAUGGAAACAGCAUUUCCACUCUGCCUCUGAAUUUUAAGUAACAGCUAAUGCCAUAGCAACAAAUAAACCCAUUCAAAAACAUUAUGAAAUGAUGUGCUCUGCUACGAGGACACGGAUCAGAGUGGUGGCUUCUGAAGGCAAAAUUGGACUCUAUUUUUGCGAUUUUAUGUGUUUGGUUUAUUCAAUGUUAAUACCUGUGUUACAGUUCAGUAAAAGCGUAUCGGUGGCAGAUGGUAUAACCUCUGCAGAAGUGUUUUCAGGAUAAAAUCAUCUAGCAGUUUUCCAAGCGACUCUUCUACUUCCAUAUAAAAACUGAUCAGUGCCACCGAUUGGCUAAUGAAUAACACACUGCUUAGUUAGUGCACACAUUUAUGGCAAACAAAGA